GCUUAUUUGGGAUGCAUAUUACAGGGAGUAAUACACAAGUGUAUAUGUGUGUGCAUGCAUGUGUUUGGGAGGGGGAGAAGUAGGUACCACAGGAGUUUGGUGAGUAAAUCAGAAUAUCUGACUAGUCCCCUGGGUCUGGGUGUGGAUGGUAUCCCGCGCUCAGCUUCCCAAGAUCCUGAAAACACAUGUUGCGCAUCAUAUCACACUACCAUGCCCACCCACAUAAACAAGCCACUCGGACUUAUCCUCGUUCAUGUCAACUUCUUACACAAGCAAACUGAAACGUUCACUGACUGCAAACCAACAACCUGGUCCACAGUGGUCAGACUGCAUUCCUUUCCAUCGCAGACCCCACACAGGUGCUUGAGUUACAGUCACCAAGUAACAGAAACGUCACGUGAAAACUGUCAUCCACAUCGGGUGCUUCUCUCGGGCACUGUUUGUGCGGAUAUUCACACCACGGAAAUUAAAACAUCUAUUCCAAUACUGAUCUCUUCUGUUGCCUUACCAACCACAUACAUCUAGUCAGGUAAGCCAUAAGCAGAUGUUUUUCCGAUGAUAGAAUCCACACAUUUCUCUUCAGCAAAACUGACAAUGCCAAGAUGUAAAAAAAAGAAAAGAAAGAAAAAUGACCGCUACUAUUUUACAUUUCUGCUUAUUGUUGUUCAUUUAGCGUCAAUCUUGGAAUGGAAUAAGCCAUACCACUUAUUUGUGGCAACUAAUCCACAGCAACAGAGAAGGAGUACAGUACAUUUUGAAGAGAGCUAUCCCACAUUCUUUUUCAAACUGUGGUCAACCUCCCUUAAGUGGAAAAUUCGUAAAUUCUGUUUUGUUGUGUGGAUUAUUUUUAUCACCAAAUCAACAACCCUGCCCGUUGUUUCCAGUCUCCUCAGAGAGGGCGGGUUUAUCACCCAUGGUAAUAAGAGGCGGAGACAGACACCAUGGAAAAUAUAGGACUUGCAGUUAGAGGAUGGGCGGGAUUAUGGCGUCAUACCUCAGGACUGCCUUGACUCUGUGAUGUCAACUUGAUUUGCAGGACUUAUUCUGAAUCAGAGAGUGUGAAUAUAAUUUAUCUACAUCUUAAAGCAAGUGAAGCAUUUGACUACCAGCAUCGUCAUCUUCAUCAUCCUCAUGCCCAUCAUGGCUACUACAGCCACCACAGGGUCUAUGCUGCUACAGCCUAUCGGUAAUGCAAUCAACCUCCCCAUAGACCAGGUGAACUUUGUGGCGUGCCAACUAUUUGCCUUGCUAGCAGCAAUUUGGUUUCGAAUUUACCUACAUCCAAGCAAAACUAGCACCUUUAUCAGGCAUGUUGUUGCCACUUUCUUGGGACUUUAUCUUGCACUAUUUUGUUUUGGAUGGUACGCCAUACAUUUUAUUAUUCAAAGUGGAAUUUCUUACUACAUCAUGAUUUUAGCAGGGCCAGAAAGUAUGCACAGAUACUGCUUCAUAUUUGCUUUGGGAUACCUCACCUUGUGCCAAAUCAGUAGAGUCUAUAUCUUUGAUUACGGGCAGUAUUCCGCUGAUUUCUCUGGGCCACUGAUGAUAAUCACACAGAAGAUAACUAGCCUAGCUUUUGAAAUCCAUGAUGGAAUGACAAAAAAAUCUGAUCAAUUAACUCCAACGCAGAGGCACUAUGCUAUAAGCCGCAUGCCAAGUCUGCUGGAGUAUUUAAGUUACAACUGUAAUUUCAUGGGUAUCCUGGCAGGGCCGUUAUGCUCUUAUAAAGACUAUGUUACUUUCAUUGAAGGCAGAGCAUAUCAUCUGAAACACAUGGAAGCGAAUGGAGAAGGAGACAGAAAGUAUGAACAAGCAGAACCUUCUCCAGAUGUGGCUGUGGUACAGAAGCUCCUUGUGUGCACCAUUUCUCUGUUUGUUUACCUCACAGUAACAAAGCUGUUUCCUGUGGAUCGCAAUAUUGAUGACAACUAUAAGGCAAAAACAUCACUACCAUUACAGCUUGUAUACCUGUAUAUAUCUCUGAUGGCUGCCAGACCCAAGUACUAUUUUGCCUGGACUUUAGCUGAUGCGAUAAACAAUGCAGCAGGCUUCGGCUUCAAUGGUUAUGACAAACAUGGACAAGCACAAUGGGACCUGAUAUCCAACCUGAGAAUUUUAAAGAUAGAGUUUGCUACAAGUUUCAAAAUGUUUAUUGAUAACUGGAAUAUCCAAACAGCUCUGUGGCUAAAGAGGGUUUGCUAUGAACGAGCCUUCAUACAUCCAACGGCAGAAACCUUCAUGCUUUCAGCAGUUUGGCAUGGUGUAUAUCCAGGAUAUUACUUAACGUUUUUUACAGGAGUCUUUAUGACAUUAGCUGCAAGAAAGAUUCGCAACAAUGUCAGGCACUACUUCCUUGAAUCCACAAGACUCAAACUACUGUACGAUAUUGUAACGUGGGUAGCAACACAGUUAGCAAUUAGCUACACUGUCGUCCCUUUUGUACUUCUUUCUGUAGAACCAUCACUCAGAUUUUACAGGUCCUGGUUUUACUUUCUGCAUAUUGUCUGUGUGCUAGUCAUUUUUUUGUUACCUACAAAAGGAAGACCAAAGGUAAUGGAGCAACAGAAAGAAAACAAUCCAUCACAUGAACCACAAGAGCUGGAGGAAAAACAGAAAUGGUCUCAAAACAGCCAUAGUACUAACUGGAAUCAGAGCCAAAAAACAUUGUGAAGGCAUAGCACACUUAACGUGCUUCAUGAAUGGACUGCAAGAUGCACAGACAGUACUUUUAUUGCAGAAAAUCUACUUUCACAAUGUAGAGGGCUCGUAAUCUUCUGGGAAACUUGAUAAGUGAAAGGAGGGCCAUGCCGUGACAUAGAAGCAAUUGAACCAAUACCACAAAAAUAAUUGAACUAUGGGGAGACAUUCACAAGGCGAACUAAAUGAAAAAAGUGUCAUGAAACAAUAUGCAAAAGUGUGAUUGUGUUGGUUUAAACCCUUGUACUGAAACAGAAUCAUAACUUUUUCUAAUAUGUACUGUAAUGGUGGAGGAUGUAUUUUCAUGUAUUGUGUUGUACUUUUUUAUGUGCUGCAAAAUUUGCAUUAUAUAACACUGGAGCACAGGCUGGAGAAUACAUUACUGUGCAUAAUGUACCUCCAGCCAAAAGGUUCUCAGACUGUGAAUCCUUACUGAGACUGUCCCUUCUGUUAGAAAGAAGGUAUUGGUUGGGUCUCCAUGAGCUUAGCUUCUCCAGCCACCCAAAUGUUAAAUGUUCUGUGACUCUCUGUUGACAUUUUAGUCACCUUUGCUACUGUUGCUUAUCUGAUUAGUGUCAUAGAUAGGUUCAGUCUUCCAGAGGUAUAUGUUUGAAAAAUAUGCUUUUAUAUUUCUUCACUCUCUGUAACACGUCUAUGUGUGGGCAGCAGAAUGUAGAUUUCAGAUUCUUUAAUGGGUUCAGCAAAUGUGUGUGCCUGAACAAUGUGACAUGUCUUGUGUAGUUCCUGAGAGGGCAGCGUUGUGUCAGUGGUUUUGCUCUCUCUAAAAAACUAUGCUUGCAGAAUCAGAAUCAGAAAAAAACACCUCAGGAGGUCAGGGGGUUCUUAGCUGUGGUAAGGUGGUCUGAGAAGCUGGUAGCCUUUGAAAUACACACUGCUGAGGUUGUAUGACUGCAUUAUUAGUCCCUGCACUGUUAUCUGAAGAGUAUAACAUCCUUCAUAGAGUGAUUUCUGGGUGUGGUGUGUUGUUCUCAGCCCUUGAGAGAAUUAUAUCCCUUUGCCCUUCCGUAUCAUUAUGAAUGACAACAGUUGAGUUCCUCCUGUUUUUCCAUCUUCGUAUCAGUUGUGUGUACCUGAUCUAUGAGGAAGAGAGGGUAGCUCCAGGAGUCUUCAGCAUUUCCUUUGAACCAUCUGGCAUUGUGUAGGUGGAUCUCUUCUCAGAUUUCUUUAGCAACCAUUGGAUGAGACUGAGUAUUACAGUAACCCCUUUAUAUAUGUUGCUCAACUAUUCUGAUGCAGGUCAGAUGGUUUCCUCUUUCAUGCAGCUUUUGCUACAUUCUGUGAAAGUCACUUCCAGCUAGCAACCAAGAAGGUCUUCAUUGCUAUCAAAUGAGUGUCUGUGCACUUUUGUCAGAUAGGAAGCACUCUGUUAUGAAAUGCCGCUGUGCUAACCAGAGCUCUUCUUUCAAUAGUACUCACUUGUACAUAAUAAGGUUCAACAUUACUGAGCCUCUGGACUUCACUAUGACAUCACAUCAUAUCCCCAGACCUUCACUGACUGAUAUGUGCAUGCCUACAGCUAACAAAGGAUAUCCUAGAAAAGGAGUCUGACUGUUACUCUAGCAGUAUGCAAGAUUUCUUAAUCCUGAUAAUUACUGCAUGACAGGACUUAUUUGUGUUUUGUGAGAAACUGAUAAAAGCAGCUUAUGAAAAGCUUUAGGAUGGUUCUUGCUUGUUAGUGCAGCUUCUCUUAUGAAGCUGCAUGGUUUGACUAUCUUAAAAAGCAGAAUGCUCAACAAAGACCAACCCACUGCCCUAUCACAUUCCCCAGCCUGAGAUUCCAUGUUUAGAUUUUUUGGCAUGUUCAGAAAGGUACCUCACAUGGUAACUCAUAGGUAUUUUUAAGUGAAACUAAAUCCUGGAAGUUAUUUCUUUGGCUAAUAACUUGGGAGUGGUUUUGAAACCUUAACUAAUUGUGAAUCCAUCCAAUAACUUUCCUAUGUGUUCUAUAAAUGUUUGGCCUUUGAGUUCAGUUUUAAAACAUAUUAAAACACCAUCCAUUUAUUUUGGCUAACCACUCACAUGACUGAUAUUGAAUAAAUAUACUACAGGUGGGAUCUAAGUAAGCCUCCAAACAUUGAUUUUUUUAAUAUUGGCUAUACCAUUUAAAAGGAUACAUUUUGUAAUACCACCCAUAUCCUACUGAAAAUCCCCACCCCUCAGUGAUUUACUAUGUAGGUGCUGCAUCUUUUUAUUUUAUUUUUUUUUAAUAUUAAUUGUACCCCCCUCAAUAAAACUAUUUAUACUUUCAUCUCCACAAUACAGGUAGAAUUCUCCUACCUCUUUUUUACUACAGAUUGAUUUUUAUAAAGAUCAUACCUCUUAGCCUUUUAGCACAAGAAAUCUGGGCAAAGCCUAAAAUAAUGGGGGACAAAGGCUCAAAAAUAGCAACAGAUUUUAAAUA